GAGCAGUAAAAUGGCAGAAUGCAGUGUGUCUUUGGCUCAUCAUUUCAGCUGUGCGGUGUGUCUGGAUCUCCUAAAGGAUCCAGUCUCCAUUCCCUGUGGACACAGUUACUGUAUGAGCUGCAUCACAGACUGCUGGAAUCAGGAGGAUCAGAAGAGAGUCUACAGCUGCCCUCAGUGCAGACAGACCUUCAGCCCCAGACCCGCUUUAGCUAAAAACACCAUGCUGGCUGAGGUGGUGGAGAAACUGCAGAAGAGCAAACUACAAGCUGCUGGUCCUGCUCAGAGUCCCGCUGCAUCUGGAGAUGUGGAGUGUGACGUCUGUACUGGAGCCAAAAACAGAGCCGUCAAGUCCUGUCUGGUGUGUCUGAACUCUUACUGUCAGACUCAUUUUCAGCGCCAUCAAGAGCUGAAUCCAGGAAAUCGACACAAAGUGACUGAAGCCACUCGACGACUGCAGGAGAUGAUCUGUCCUAAACAUGAGAAACCCCUGGAGAUCUUCUGCCGCACUGAUCACUGCUGUAUAUGUUAUCUGUGUAUGGUGGAUCAACACAAAAACCACGACACUGUUUCAGCUGCAGCAGAGAGAACUGAACAACAGAGUCGGCUGAGGGAAACCCAGAGCAGAUUCCAGCAGAGACUCCAGGAGAGACAGAAGGAGCUGGAGGAGCUGAGAGAGGCUGUGGAGUCUCACAAGCGCUCUGCACAGGCCGCAGUGGACCACACCGAGAGGAUCUUCACUCAGCUCAUCUGCUGGAUUGAGAGAAGCCGCUCGGAGCUCACGCAGAUGAUCAGAGAUGGAGAAAAGACUGCAGUGAGUGGAGCUGAAGAACGACUGGAGCGACUGGAGCAGGAGAUCAAUGAUCUGAGGAGGAGAAACGCUGAGCUGGAGCAGCUUUCACACACAGAAGAUCACAUCCAUUUCCUCCAGAGUUUCCAGUCUCUCUCUGUCCCUCCUGGAUCUACAGACUCAUCCAGCUUUUUUAGCAGCUCGCAGCUCGCUUUUGAUCAACUUGCUAAAUCUGUGUCUCGUCUGAGAGACAAACUGCAGCAGUUCUGCACUGAGGAGAUAGAUAUGCUAUCUGGCAUAGUGAGCAGCAUUAGCAUCAUUCCCGCUCCUGAACCAAAGACCCGUGAGCAGUUCCUCCUGUAUUACCAUCGACUCACUUUGGAUCCAAACACAGCGAAUCCAAACACAGUUUUGUCUGAAGGAAACACAGUGGUGGAAUAUAACGGUUCAGUCCAGUCAUAUCCUUAUCAUCCAGACAGAUUUGAUAGCUGGUGGCAGGUGUUGUGUAAAGAGAGUGUGUGUGGACGCUCUUACUGGGAGCUGGAGUGGAACGGACAUGGUUUUUUGUAUAUAUCAGUGUCAUAUAAGAGCAUCAGCAGAAAGGGUUGGGGUAAUGAACGUAAAUUUGGACACAAUGAUCAGUCCUGGAGUUUAUACUGCUCUGUUAACAGUUUCUCAUUCUGGCAUAAUAAUAUAAAGACUGAUCUCCCUAAACCCUCCGUCAGCUCCUCUAGAAUAGGAGUGUAUGUGGAUCACAGUGCAGGAACUCUGUCCUUCUACAGCGUCUCUGACACAACAAUGAGCCUCAUACACACACUCCACACCACAUUCAAACACGCACUCUAUCCUGGAUUCUGGCUUGAGAAAGAUUAUAAAAGUCUAUCCGGUCAAUCUUCUCCAAAAAUAACAAUCUGUGAUCAUACAAUAUAGAAGGUACAGAUACCUACAAUAUUUUGAGAAAUAUAAUUUUUCAUGUUUAUAAUUUACUAAAUAUAACAAUUAGCAUUAGGAUAAUUUGUUAAUUUUAUUCAUAAGUGAAGUUUAGUUAUAAACAAGUUUCGAGAGGAUCACGUGCUUAUGAUUGCUAGCGGCUGGAUCCGCAUUAUCCAAUUCUCAAUGCACCAAUCAGACGACUCCUAAGCUACUACAAAUACCCUGGGUUACGUACCACCGCUAUCUUCGUUUUGAAGAAUCCCCCCAUCCACCCCUACUCCUCCUUCCUAGAUAGGUGACACGGUGGCCCAGUGCUUAGCACUGUUGCCUCACAGCAAGAAUGUCUCUGGUUCUAGGCUUUACCAAACCAGCAGACAUUUCUGUGCGGAGUUUGCAUUUUCUCCCCGUGCUCACGUGGGUUUCCCCCGGGUUCCCCGGUUUCCUCCCACCGUCCAAAAAACAUGCAACAUAAGUUAAUUGACUAAUCCAAACCGGCACUAUAGACAUGCUCCUAGUAAAUGGUUAUCUCUCAAGAGCAACCACUGGCUGUUCAUUGGUUAUUAAAGCGGGGGAGUUCUCGAGAUCUACCUGAGCUCAAACUCCCUUCUUGCCUUGCAACAGGAGGGAGCCCCGGGCUUGAGGAUCUUAUGAGCUCAGGGCUCUCUCCCGGGACAGCAUGCCAAACAAGCUUAUAAUUAAUCAUCAGCUAAGUGUGAACUCUUGAAGUUGCCAUGAAGCGAGAUCUGUAAAGAUGCACAGAUAUUUUGGCUGAUUUUCAUUCAUUCAUUUUUUUUUCAGCUUAGUCCCUUUAUUAAUCCAGGGUCGCCACAGCGGAAUGAACCGCCAACUUAUCCAGCACGCAGCAGAUGCCCUUCCAGCCACAACCCAUUUCUGGGAAACAUCGACACACUCAUUCAUUCACACUCAUACACUACGGACAAUUUAGCCAACCCAAUUCACCUGUACCGCAUGUGUUUGAACUGUGGGGGAAAUCGGAGCACCCGGAGGAGAACAUGCAAACUCCACACAGAAACGCCAACUGACCCAGCCGAGGCUCAAACCAGCGACUUUCUUGCUGUGAGGUGACAGUGCUACCUACUGCACCACUGCGUUGCCUGGCUGAUUUUCAUUACAUUUAAAAAUCAUGAGCACAUCAGCUAUAAAAUAGACAAAGUUUUGAAUAAAUUGUGAGAAGGGAAAUGUCAGCUGCAUAAUCCUCUGUGGAAAAAUAAUGAAAACUUGCCAAAACAAAAUGAAAUGUUUACAUACAUUAGCAUUAGUUAGUCAUAAUAAUAUUAACAAAAAUAAUAUAUAAAGGACAAUAUUGGCCUGUUGAAUAAUGGAUCUAAUUCAUGUUCAUUGAUACGAUGAAGCAUCAGUUAGGCCUGUCACAAUAAUCAAUAUAUCGACUUCUCGCACAACACAUGGACAUGACCUCAAUCAUUUAUGGUGAUGCAAUAUAUAUAUCGCCCAUACAUGAAAACCAAUUCUAGCAACAUUUCAGCUGAUAGUGCAACAUAUCCUGGACGUGUCAGUGUCAGUAUGGUUAAAAACAAUCCAGUAUUUACUAUAAAUUACUAUAGUAUAUUUUCAUGUGGAUGUCUGGCAGCUGAAAAUAGAUCUGGUAGCAGAUAUCGCAGACUCUGUUAUUCUUCACCUUACACUUUUUUGUUAACGUUGAUUAUUAUUUAUUUAGGAUGUGCAUUUUCACAUUCUGAUUCCAAUACCUCAUUAUUAAAUUGUUAAAAUGACUAUAAUUAAAGGAAAUAUUCUUAAGAAUAAUAUAUUAUGUGUUGAUUGGAAGAGUGUACUUGCUAUAUAUAUAUAUAUAGUCAUUCUGGCAUUAUAUAAUGAGUGCCAUAAAAUGGUCUUAAAAUGACAAUAAUAUCGUUUAUUGCAAUAUAUUUUGGUGCAAUACAUCGUACAAUAUUCAUUCAUUCAUUCAUUUUCUUUUCGGCUUAGUCCCUUUAUUAAUCUGGGGUCGCCACAGCGGAAUGAACCGCCAACUUAUCCAGCAUUUGUUUUAUGCAGCGGAUGCCCUUCCAGCUGCAACCCAUCACUGGGAAACACAUACACACUUAUUCACACACACUCAUACACUAUGGACAAUUUAGCCUACCCAAUUCACCUGUACCGCAUGUGUUUGGACUGUGGGGGAAACCGGAGCACCCGUAGGAAACCCACGCGAUCGCAGGGAGAACAUGCAAACUCCACACAGAAACGCCAACUGACCCAGCGACCUUCUUGCUUUGAGGCGACAGCACUACCUACUGCGCCACUGCCUCGCCCACAUCGUACAACAAAAUAUAGAUAUUGCGACAGGCCUAGCAUCAAUAAACCAGCUAGUAAACCUUAAUGCAUGUAUUUUUUAAUUAAUUUUGCUAAUGUAAAACACUGAUCUACAUUAAUGACAAACGUUCAAUUAAGUGAGAAAGAGACAAAUAUCAGUAUCAUCAGUACAACAAGUAUUGGACCGUUUCUUUUUACAUUUUAAAGUAAAUACUCAUUCAUAAUCAUGUCAUCAUAUUUUUCACUUUAUUUAGAAUGUAAGGGCAAAUGUUUGACCAAAAACAUUUGUAAAACUCAUAAUUACAGGUCCAACAUAAAAAUAUUAAAUAAUCGCAAAAUAAAAUGCAAAAUGUAAACGUUGUAUUUUCAAGAUUACAACUUUCUCCUGAUGCUAUUAUUGGAUCAUGUAAAAUAUUGUAUCAUUAUAUGUUUCUGUCUUAUAAAAAAGUAUUAUUGUAAACAAUGUACACAAUAUAAACGAAAGAGAAUAAUAUGAAACGAUAGACUUUUUAUUUUGUCCAUACAAUAUAUAGUCAUAUUGCACAGCCCUAAAACUGCAUUUUCUUUACCUCACCUAUAUUAGUUAUAUUAUUAUUCAGUCUUAUCAUUGAAUGUGUACAUUCAGUGGAGCACUACACAAAACAUUUAAAGUUGUAGUAUAGUGUUGGUUUCGUGAUAUAAACUAUUUUAUCUGAAUGAUAUAAUAAUAUAUAUUUUUAAAAUCUAGGUAUUUUUUCUAUGCAUAUAUUCUUUUUUCCAAAGGAUUGUCUAUUUGGUUAUCUUUUAUUUCUCAAACUCAUGUCAUAAUAUUGUAUUUCUUAUCAAUACUUAAAUUUCUUUUUAUUUUGGGUUGAAAUUAAGUGUUUAAUAGUUGAUUAU